GAACUUCCGCUGCGACCAUAGACUGGCUGCGACUCGUGACUUUUAUUUUGACGGAUGUUUCCCGGAUGUUGUUCGUUGUGUUUCUGACUGUAGUCACAGAUCAGCAGUGUUUUUAAUAACAGCGAGAUGAGCUCGUUACAGGCGCAGAUCUCCGCGAUCAUGGACGUGCUGGCGAAGGCGGCGGUGGCGGAGAUCAGUCAGCUGCUGGAGGAAGACGCUGCUGCUCUUCAUCAGGAGAUCCGGAGGAGGAACGAGGAGAUCCGGGGACUGAAGAACCGACUGCUGCUCACCGAGACUCAGCUCAAGCGAGCCACGGACAGAUGCUCCAUCGGUGUACAAGUGCAGCUCACGGACACGAGAGUAUCGGCUCAUUCGGUCGAUCUCAGUCAGGAGAAGGUGUUUCCCUCGGAGGAGAAGCCUCAUUAUUCCCACACGCUGGAGCUGAAGCGAGAAGAUCCCGUCACGUGCUCCGCAGAGCCGGAGGAAGAGGAGCUCAGCGGCCUGGAGUUUGAGAUGAAGAUCGAGCAGGUGGAGGAGAGCCAACACCACCGUGACGAUGGAAACGCUCAUCCGUGGAGUUCAAAAGCGCUUGACGAUCCGGAGAUCCGUCUGAUCGAGUCGGAGCAGCAUUCCCAGAAUUUUCCAGAUCCCUACGUGAUGACGGAGGAUCCCACGGUCGCUCAGUCGUCCUCCGGUCUGUUCUCGCUCUCUCACGAGAACGAGAGCUUCGGCGCUUCGGGAGACGUCGAGUACGGACUGAAUCCUCAUUCGAGCUCGUGUCUGGCUAAAACACUCUCGCAGCAUCCGUACCAGGAAAGCCAUCCGCAUCCCAAACCGUUCCGCUGCGAGGAGUGUGGCAAAGGCUUCACACAGCGGACGCGUCUGAUCACACACAGACGAAUUCACACGGGUGAGAAACCCUUCCGCUGUCAGCUGUGCGGGAAAACCUUCUCCAGACAGGACAACUGUCUCCGACACAUGCGUCUGCACAGCGGACAGAGAUGAAGAGCGCCGCUCUGAACGCUUUUCUCAUGUCUCAAAGUGAGAUGUCUUCAUGUUGUAACUGACUUGUACAUGUAUUUUGCAUUUCUGCAUCACGGCCUGUUUAAUACAUUCCUUAAUAAAGCAAGAAACAGUGCAUUUCUAACAGCUGAGGGGCGUUGUGAUAGCCAUAUUAUAAAAUUCACUGUAAACCACGGCUUCACGGGGCUUAUUGAUUUUAUAAAACGGUUAUUCCAUAUACAUAGUAAGGUUUCACAAAAUAAAACAGAGCAAAUAAAGUGUAAUGAUAUUAAUAACAACAGUAUUCUUCCACCAAACAAUGUAACUCCUCAGAAUCAGUUGUGAUUGUUACAAAGUGGUUGCCGAGCAACACACAGAUGUAAACAAAGGUGAAUGUUACUUUGUAGAGUCAUUCACAACAGCUUUGAAGUUUGGGAUCAGUGAGAUUUGUAAUGUGUUUUAAAGAAGCCUCUUCUGCUCAGUAAGGCUGCAUUUAUUUGAUCAGAAAUACAGUCAAAAUUGUGAAAUAUUAUUACAAUUUAAAAUAGCUGUUUUCUAUUUGAAUAUAUGUUAAACUGUAAUUUAUUUCUGUGAUGUGCAGCUGUAUUUUCAGCAUCAUUCCUCCAGUCUUCAGUGUCACAUGAUCUUCAGAAAUCAGAAUAAUAUGCUGAUUUAUUACAGUUUUGCUGUUUAGUAUUUUAUUUUAUUUUUUGGUAACUGUGAUACCUUUUUUAGGAUUAUUUGAUGUCUAGAUUUAAUAAGAACAGCAUUUAUUUAAAGUAUAAAUAUUUUCUUACAAUAUAAUCUUUAUUAGCACUUUUCUUUUCAAUUUAACACAUCCUUUGAUGAAUAAAAGCGUUAUUUAAUUUUAUUUUAUUUUAAAUCAUUUUAUUUUUAAAACUUUUAAAUCGAUAUUGUGUAUUGUUACAAAAGAUUUAUAUUUUGAAUAAAUGCUGAUAUUUUAACAUUUUAUUUAUUAAAGAAUACUGAAGAAAAGUAUCACAGGGUUCAAAAAAAUAUUAAGCAUCCAAACGGUAAAACAAAAAGAAUUUAAGGAUGAUUUCUGUGACACUGAAGACUGGAGUAAUGAUGCUGAAAUUUCAGCUUUGAUCACAGAAAUAAAUGACAGUUUAAAAUAUAUUCACAUAGAAAACAGCUAUUUUAAAUUGUAAUAAUAUUUCACAAUUUUUAAUGUAUUUCUGGUCAAAGAAAUGAAGGCUUUAUGAGCAGAAAAGACUUCUUUAAAACACAUUACAAAUCCCAGACUUCUGAACAGCAGUGUAUUUAUACACAUACACAACAGUUCUUUCUAGUCCUCGAAUCUGAUUGGCUAAGAGGUCUUUCCAAAUAAAAAAAAUAAAAAUGUAUGUAAAAUAUUAAUAAAAACUUUAGGAGUGUCUCUGGGGGAAAGAAUAGAGUGGAAACAAUUUAAGCUUAAAGUUAAUUAAAAAUCUAAUUAAACAUGUAAUUUUGAGUUUUUCUUCUUGUAAAACGCACUUCCCAUUCUAGGAUUUAUGGGUGUUUUUUAAGGAAAUAUUUAAUUGCUUACAUGCAUGUGAAAUGGGCCUGAUGCUGAAAUCUGUUGUGUGUAAUUGUUUAAAUUUAAUAUUUAAUUAUUUUAUUUUUUUGUCACUGUAGUGGGAUUUUCAAACUUGAAAUUGUUGACCAAAUGUGUUCACGCAAUCCUUGUUCCAUGUUUCCCUCUUAAUUAACCCUGGGUCUUCAGGAUUUGAUUUGUAAAUGUUUAUAUUCUUGAGGCCAAUAGCAUGAUGUGAUGAUCUUGUUUUAAUACCUGUCCAUUUGAUUCUUCUGAAGCGUCUCUUCUUUGCUCUAGUGAACACAGUUGCACCAUUUUAGUGGUUUCCAACAGACAGACGCACAUCGCAGUUUCUGUGACUUUACACAGCUCAUGAAUAUUUAAUGAGGUAAGUUCUGUCCAGUUCGUGAUUGGUUGUCUGUUUGACUCUGUUUAAAGCGGUUUCAGAUUGCAGUUCUGAAACAGGGUUUAAAAAGUCACCAAGUUUGACUAAUGUUGUUAUCCCAGGGUUCAUAAACAAUAUGAAUAAUACGUUUUAAGUCUUCUUUUUAUUGAUGAGUUUGACUUCUUGUAUAUCAUUUAUAGUGCUGUUUAAAUUAAUGUUCUUUCAGUAAUUCCAUGUUCUCAUGUUUAUUUAGUUUCCUCAUUAAACACUCAUAUAUUCA